AUGAAGAUCGAAGAAGUUAAGAGUACCUCCAAAACCCAGAGGAUUUCGGCCCAUACCCAUAUCAAGGGCUUAGGUCUCGAUGAAAGUGGAAAUGCCCUGCAAUUUGCGGCAGGUCUCGUUGGCCAGCAAGCUGCUCGUGAGGCUGCUGGAAUUGUAGUUGACAUGAUCAGAACUAAGAAAAUGUCAGGUCGGGCAAUUUUGUUCGCUGGACCACCUGGAACUGGCAAGACAGCUAUAGCUCUAGCAAUAGCUCAAGAGCUUGGGAAUAAAGUUCCAUUUUGCCCUAUGGUAGGUUCAGAAGUUUACAGUUCAGAAAUCAAAAAGACUGAAGUUUUAAUGGAAAACUUUAGAAGAGCUAUUGGUUUGAGAAUCAAAGAGACCAAAGAAGUUUACGAAGGAGAAGUUACCGAACUCUCACCAGUAGAGACUGAAAAUCCAAUGGGUGGUUAUGGAAAAACAGUCUCGUCUGUCAUUAUUGGUCUGAAAACAGCUAAAGGAACUAAACAACUGAAGCUCGAUCCUUUAAUUUAUGAGUCUCUUCAAAAAGAAAAAGUAGAAGUGGGAGAUGUUAUUUACAUUGAAGCUAAUAGUGGAGCUGUCAAAAGACAGGGUAGAUGCGAUGCAUAUGCCACUGAAUUUGACUUGGAAGCUGAGGAGUACGUGCCACUUCCCAAAGGAGAUGUACACAAAAAAAAAGAAGUUAUUCAAGAUGUUACGCUUCAUGAUUUAGAUGUAGCCAAUGCUAAACCACAAGGUGGCCAAGAUAUUAUGUCAAUGAUGGGUCAAUUGAUGAAGCCAAAAAAGACAGAAAUUACAGACAAACUGAGGAAGGAGAUCAACAAAAUUGUUAAUAAGUACAUUGAUCAAGGAAUUGCGGAGUUGGUACCAGGUGUACUUUUUAUUGAUGAAGUGCACAUGUUAGACAUAGAAACUUUCACAUAUCUCCACAGAGCUCUUGAAACUGCUAUUGCUCCCAUUGUCAUUUUUGCUACAAAUCGUGGCCAAUGUGUAAUUCGUGGAACUGAAGAUAUAGUUUCCCCUCACGGAAUUCCACUUGACCUUUUGGAUAGACUUCUCAUCAUCAAAACUUUGCCUUAUUCUAAACCAGAAAUCGAACAAAUUAUCAAAUUGAGAGCAGUUACAGAAGGCUUACAACUUGAAGAUGAUGCCCUUACAGAGCUGAGUGAUCUGGGAAGCAAGUCAACUCUCAGAUACGUUGUACAACUUCUGACUCCAGCUUCCUUGACGGCUAAAAUCAAUGGAAGAACAAGUAUAAAGAAGGAAGAUAUCGAAGAGGUCAAGUCUUUGUUCUUGGAUGCCAAAUCAUCGGCUAAAAUUCUAUCACAAAAUAAGGACAAGUUCAUGAAAUAAUUGAAGCUAAAUCAUAGUUCGGUUUUAUUGUCUUUUAAGUUGACUUUUAAUUUAAUAGGAAAUAUAUAGUUGUUAGUGAAAAAUUUAAAAUUUUUGAUGAAAAUGCAAAAAUUUUUAUUUUUAUUUUUGUAAAAUAAGAAACGGUAACAUACAUUUAACUCUUUUGCUACGACACUUGAUCAAAACAAAGAUGAUGCAUGUAUAUUGACGAUAUUUAAUUUAAACGCUAAGUUGUAAAUUGCUUUAAUUGUAAUAAAAAUUACACCAUAAAUACCAA